UGUGGAAUAUGAAACGGGAAGCAUGUCAGAGUUCUAGAGAUUUAUACGACGGUAGGUUUAUUUCACUCAGUCGUCGAUGCAAAAUGUCCGGAUUUUCUACAAAAUGCAUGCUCUUCCUAGUUGCACUCACCUCAUUAUCAGGAGUCGCAGCUCGGUACACUCCGGACUGGGACAGUCUGGAUUCUAGACCACUGCCAAGCUGGUACGAUGAAGCCAAAUUCGGGAUUUUCGUUCACUGGGGAGUGUUUGCAGUCCCCGGAUUUGCCAGCGAGUGGUUCUGGUGGCAUUGGCAGGGUGAACCGAUAAAGACUUGCGUGGAAUUCAUGAAGAAAAAUUACCCUCCAGGAUUCAGUUACCCGGAGUUUGCGCCCGACUUCCGUGCCCAGUUUUUUGAUCCGGAUCAAUGGGCCGAGGUUUUCGAGGCUUCGGGUGCCAAGUACGUGGUUCUCACUUCCAAGCACCACGAGGGCUUCACGACUUGGGGAUCCCCACACAGCUGGAACUGGAACUCUGUGGACACGGGGCCGCACCGGGACCUCGUGGGAGACCUAGGUGUAGCGGUGCGAAAAAGGUCCCUGCACUAUGGACUGUAUAAUUCCCUCUAUGAGUGGUUCCACCCUCUCUACCUGGCUGAUAAAAAGACAGGCUUCAAAACCCAGGAGUUUGUAUCCACUAAGCUGAUGCCCGAACUUCACGACCUUGUCACCAGGUACAAGCCAGACCUGAUCUGGUCAGACGGGGACUGGGAAGCUCCUGACUCCUACUGGAACUCCACCGAAUUUCUGGCCUGGCUGUACAAUGACAGCCCUGUCAAGGACUCGGUGGUGACCAAUGACCGCUGGGGGGCGGGCUGCAGCUGCAAGCAUGGGGGCUACUUCAACUGUGAGGACAAGUACACCCCGGGACACCUGCCCAAACACAAGUGGGAGAAGUGCACCUCUGUGGACAUCUUCUCCUGGGGAUAUCGGAGGACAAUGCAUCUGACGGAGCUGCUGGACCUGCCCAGUAUUAUAAAGGACCUGGUGGUCACCGUGGCCCUCGGGGGGAACUACCUGCUGAACGUGGGGCCCACAGCGGAGGGGACCAUUCCAGUGGUGUUCGAGGAACGACUGCGGGGCGUGGGCGACUGGCUGCGGGUGAACGGGGAGGCGGUGUACGCCUCCAGGCCGUGGAGGGUGCAGACGGAGAACGGCACCGUGCCUGUGUGGUACACCUCAAAGGGCUCCCGAGUGUACACCUUCCUUCUCACCCGGCCGCCGAAACCCACCCUGGAGAUGCUUGCGCCCAUAACGUCACCACUCACAACCGUGACAUUAUUGGGGUACCCAGCACCCCUCAAGUGGUCCCCCAUCCAGCCAGCUGGACUGACGGUCAUGCUGCCCCUCGAGUCUUUUUUUGACAGCCAUGUGUGGACACUGAGACUGGACAACGUCUUGUGAGGCAGUGCCUUUCGAUCAAAAGAUUUUUUUUUUUUUUUACUUUUUCGUGGAAUUUUAAUGAAAGUACAUUCUGCCAAAGCUGAGCUCACCGCUUAUUCUCACCACUGAAAACACCAUCAAUGUCAGACAAUGAUUGAGGUUAAUGCCUUCACUUUUAUGCAGAUUUUCAUGCAUAAACAGACUAACAGAUGUAACAGU